ACAAUCGUGAGGUUGAAAUCGAAAGUAGGGCGACAGUUUUUUCCACGACUAUGGCUUGAAAAAAGCAAAUGCUGGAAAAUGGCUCCACGAACGAAUAAGAACAAGACACCCCGUAUAAGAAAAGAACCAACGAGUCUAAGCAACCCUGUCUUUGAACUAAAAUACGACCUUCCUCUAACAGUGUCAGAAGACAACGAACCGGUCUCACCGUCUACAGGGUUAUUGCCACCUCAGGAAGUGGAGCAGUCGGUGGAUAUACCAACGAAUAAUACUGGAGAGUCAGCUGAAACACGGAAUAAUGACGCUAACACUAAUGACCCGGUUCCAGCAACGCCGUCACAGAACCGACGCAAUAAUAUAGCCUUAACGGAAAGACGGUUACAACAAAGCCAAUAUCUACCUGCUUUUCGACGUAAUAACAGUGGGGAAUUAUUGACUGAAGCAUGUCAGUAUGUGAAUGAAACCAUUCCAACAUCUGACAUGGAACCGCUCAAUAUAGACGACAGGAAAGAGAAGUUUCUAACGUUGUUAUCUUUUUCUGAUGAACACUUCAAAUGCAGUACAGAACAACUUUUUACCGGAGUAAGGAUGGAAAAUCUAUAUGAAGCAUUUACAUCAAAGUUGGAUACCAGAAAAGAACGAUUUAUUACGACGAUCAAGCAUUUUGAUUAUGCAAACAGUAUAGGUCAAUAUAUAUCCGGCAAACUGAUCAACAAUGUACACGAAGCAUCGUCAUUUUUGAUAAAUGAAAAUAUGAAAGCUACUACCACUACUACAACAACUACUUAUUCUGUUACGACUGCUACUGCUGCUACUGCUGCUACUGCUACUACUGCUGCAGCUGAGCUACUGCUGCUACUGCUGCUGCUGCUACUGCUGCUACUACUACUACUGCUGCUGCUGCUACUGUUGCUGUUGCUGAUGCUGUUGUCACAGGGGGCUGACAAGAACACUGUUCUGGCAAUAAAAGAAUGUAAACGAAGGUUUAAACUACUAAAAGAGUUAUUUAAGGACGCCGGGGACGAUUUUGCGAACGAAGGGGCUGACAAGAGAACUGUUCCGGAAAUAAAAGAGGUUCACAAGAAAGCCUGCAUUGAAUUGACAGAGUUAUUAACGGACACCGGGGGCGAUUUUGCGAACGAAGAUUCGCGCAACCGGAGUGAACAUGUCAUCAGGAGGACGAUGCAAUAUUAUCAUCGCAUAGAAUCUUGUGCAUACACUGAAACAACAUCGAACGAUAAGGAAUGUAGAACACAAUUGAACGCUUACGUAAAAAUCACGCUCGAAAUGCUCAAUAUUGCAUUAGAAAUUGUGAGUUCACAGUUGAUUUUGGACAGAAAUAUUUUCCCUGAAGUAAUACGAAUGUUCCUACACUUUCCAACGAUGGAGGAUAAUGACUCUUAAGAACAAAAGCACCAGUAAAAGAAACAAAUUGUUGUAAAGACGUGUGAAUAUAAAUUGUAAGCAGUGCAAUUAGGCCAGCUAUAUUUAGACAAUUUACAGCGUUAUGGAACAUUGAUAUUAACGUCCCGGUAUUAACGUCAUAGUUUUUACAUGAGCGAUUGAGUUUGUAUAUGUGUAUGUGAAUGUGAAAUAUGCACAACAAUCUUUUUGCUGCAUUGUGAUUUUAGAAGCUGGUAUUCAUACUAAGUGUUGUAUCUAGUACAGUAUAGACCUAAUUGUUAAAAAACACGAAACUUAAACCCUACGUAAUAUUGUAUAAUAUCUUUCAUUUUGAUUAUGUUUAUCAUUGAAACAGAAGUAUUGUUGGAAGUACAUUAUACUUUUUGCCCGA